AUGAUUAUUUUAUUCUUUAUUUCUCUUAUUACUUUUGUGAACUCCUUAUCAUUGAAAUAAGUUCUAAUGGCAAUUGAUUGUGGAGGAUAAGAAUCCUUCAAUUCCAAAGAAGGAUUUCUUUAUCAAGAUGAUUAAUAUUUUAGUGGGGAUUCAAGAGUAUCUGAUUACACAUACAAUGAUGUUGUUUAUGCUGGAAUUGCAUAUACUUUUACUCCAAGAGUUUAUUUUACUGAGAGACAUGGUAAUUCAUUUGAUUAUAACCUACCAAUAAAUAAGAAUGGACAAUACACAAUCAUUUUGUAAUUUGUAGAAUUAUACUUUGAAAAUGAGGGAGAAAGACAAUUCGAUAUUUAUAUUGGAACAAAAAGAGUCAUACAAAAUCUCUCUAUUAUUGACAAUAAGCAUCAAAAAGGUUCUGCAAAAGAAGUGUUCAUUUAUAUCGAUAUAAAAGAAGACAAAGUUUUUCAUUAGGGCCAAGAAUGCAAUAAAGGAUUUAUUAAUGGGAAAUUGAAAAUUGGAUUUAGAAAAGGAGCUGCAGAUUUACCUAAAGUUGAUGGUAUUGUGAUUGUCAAAGGACAUAAUGCUGGAGAAGAAGAAAGAAAUCAUUUAAUUGAUAAUUGGGAGUAAUUAUUAGAGGAAAAUAAAAAGAAGGAAGCAGAAUUAGAGAGAGCAGAACUUGAGGCUUAAAAUAUGAUUGUACCUGAUUCUGUUGAACCAGAAGAAGGGGAAGGGUUAAUUUCCUUCUUAUUAUCACCUAUUGGAUUUGGAAUCAUUGGUUUUGGAAUGGCUGUAUUUGGAAUUUUAAUGUUCGCAGGUGAAAAUUAGGAUUAAAAAAAUAAAAAGAUUAAGAAGUCAAAAUGAUUAUCGUAUUAGUAUAAUAAAUCUAAACAGAGUAG